AUGGCUCCCAGGAAGUUCUUCGUCGGCGGCAACUGGAAAUGCAACGGGACCAGCGACGACGUGAAGAAGAUCGUCACCGUGCUCAACGAGGCCGAGGUGCCCUCCGAGGACGCCGUCGAGGUGGUGGUGAGCCCGCCGUUCGUCUUCCUGCAGCAGACCAAGGGGCUGCUGCGCCCCGACUUCGCCGUCGCCGCGCAGAACUGCUGGGUGCGCAAGGGCGGCGCCUUCACCGGCGAGAUCAGUGCUGAGAUGCUGGUGAACCUGCAGGUGCCUUGGGUCAUUCUGGGGCACUCUGAGAGGAGAGCGCUGUUGAGCGAGUCAAAUGAUUUUGUUGCUGAUAAAGUUGAUUACGCUCUCGGUCAAGGACUCAAGGUAAUUGCUUGCAUUGGUGAGACCCUCGAACAGAGAGAAGCAGGAACAACAAUGGAAGUUGUUGCUGCUCAAACUAAAGCUAUUGCAGAAAAAAUAUCAGACUGGACAAACAUUGUGUUGGCAUAUGAACCAGUUUGGGCCAUUGGAACCGGCAAGGUUGCAUCCCCUGCUCAAGCACAGGAGGUUCAUGAUGGUCUGAGAAAGUGGCUCCACGCUAAUGUUGGUCCUGCAAUUGCUGAAUCUACCAGGAUUAUCUAUGGAGGUUCUGUAAAUGGGGCAAACUGCAAAGAACUAGCAGCUCAACCUGAUCUUGAUGGAUUCCUUGUUGGUGGAGCUUCACUGAAGCCUGAGUUUGUGGAUAUCGUCAAGUCUGCCACCGUGAAGUCUUCUUCUACCUAGUUUUUGAGACAUGCAGGGAGUUGCUUGUAGGAGUGAUUCUACUUAUCUUUAUAUAUAAGACUGUUUGACUAGCUUGUUCUAGUUCGAGUGCACUGAUAUGUCGUAUUAAGAGGAAUAGAGGAUGUUGCAUGCUUAC